CCUUCUGCCAGACUCCCAGGCCGAGCGGCGUCGCCAUACGGAACAUACUGCUCUCAACUGAGAGGGGGAGGAGAGAGCGAGGGGAGAGAGAGAACGAAAGACCUGAGGUCUUGUGUCUCCCGAUAGUAGAUUACAAUUCAAGCAACAAGAAAGUAAAACCGGAGAAAAGAUAGGUUCGCUAAGGAAUCUCCCAUCACCGGCAAUUGUUCACCGGAAUAAUAACGCGCGGUCUGAUUGAGAACGGAUUAAAAACGCCAGACGGAUGAUAGCGCGGACGGGUGGCGCGCUCUGAAGUUGGUGAAUACUGAAUACCAAAAGAAGCGCUUUUGUUUCUCCCGUGAAGCCAUCGGGAGGCUGUGCUCGCGCCCCGAGCAUGAAGCUACCGUGUCUGAUGGCGCUCGUGGCGCUGCUUGCUCACACAGCCUCGGGGCAGACCUCGUGGUCCCCCUCUCUGGAUCAGGAAGGUUCCUCGGGGAAUGAGUUCUACGAUGACGAAGACCUCUUCUCAGGCUCCGGCUCUGGCUUUCCAGAUCUGAAGCCGAGACCUACGGCUGCAGGAGUGGUUUUCACCACAGAGGAGCCUGUCCCGCUGUCCACGACACAGGCCACUGGCCCCGCCCCCUCAGCGCCCCCCGCCGCCGAGCCCAGCCCCAACCCCGACCCCACCACCCCACUGCCCACCGAGGCCGAGGGAGAGAGCGGGAGAGUCCGAGAGCUGGAGCGAGAGAGGGAGAGAGAAAAGGAGAGGGAGCGCGAGAGGGAGAGAGAGCGGGAGAGAGAGAGGGAGAGAGAACGUGAAAGAGAGAGAGAGAGGGAGAGAGAGCGGGAAAGGGAACGAGUGAGGGCAGCGCAGAGCACCGUCUCCCCGAAGUCCCCCGAUGCCGUUCCCGUGGCGACCACCGGCUCUACCGUUUCCACCGCGGAGUCCGCCGUGCCGUCUAGUGGGCUGGAUGACCUGGUCACCACAGAAGAAGAUGAGGAUGUCUACAUCUCGCCAGAGCCCAGCACAUCCUAUCCCGACAUACCUCUGGACACCACCACAGAAGAAGACAUGCCCACCACAACAGAGGCCACACCCGAACCUACGACAACUCCACCCCUGCCCACCACCGCCGAGCCCUCCACAACAGUCAAAACCAACGCACCCUUCAGGCCGAGGGCCCCGGUGACCCCGCCCUCUCGGGCGACUCCCACGGAACGGACGACACGACCCCCACCGCCCUCCACAGCACAGGCGCGUCCGGAGGAGGGUAAUAACGAGGUGGGGGUCGUGGGACCCAGCGGAGAUUUCGAAAUCCGUGAAGAAGACAGGAGGCAGAAUGAGCUGGGGCGAGACCGGAGCCUGGAUGUGGGGGCGGGGCCUGACCUGGUGGGCAACACGGUGGACACAGGAAGCUCCGCUGCCCAGCUGCCCCAGAAGAACAUCCUGGAGAGGAAGGAGGUUCUGAUAGCGGUGAUUGUGGGAGGUGUAGUGGGAGCUCUGUUUGCUGCCUUCCUGGUGAUGCUGCUGGUCUACAGGAUGAAGAAGAAGGACGAAGGAAGCUACACGUUAGAAGAGCCUAAACAGGCCACCGUCACCUACCAGAAGCCAGACAAGCAGGAGGAGUUCUACGCAUAACCUGAGCCGAGAGACACAGAGAGAGAGAGAGAGAGAGAGUGAGAGAGUGUGAGAGAGAGGGAGAGAGACAGAGGAAACGGGGAGAGAGAAAUAGAUCUCGGUUCUCCACUCCACCCCUCUUCUCUUCCCCCUCCCUCCUUCCCUUCCUCACCUCCACCUUCUCCGUCCCUCUCUCCUCUCCUCCUUACCAGUCCCUCUUGAGAGUGCCUAUCUCUCUGUGGACUCAGAACUUUCUUUUCAACAAAAAAAAAGAUAAAAAAAGAUAAAAAUAUAUCAGCAGAAAAAUAACCAUAAACACAUACACAAAACAGUUUUUUUUUUCAGUAAAUGUUGUUAUUAAUAUUCUACAAAUUAUCGUUCUGAUGUUAUGAAAAAUGAUUUCGUAAAAACACAAGCUCUUAACCUGUGUUCCAGCACAAAGUUCCUCUUCUAUUCCACAGAGCAAAUGAGAUAGACUGAGAGAGGUUCGGGGUGAGAGGACGAUGGAGAGACAGAGAGAGGAGGGGUGAGAUGGGGAGAAAGAAAGAGGAGGGGUGAGAUGAGGAGAAAGAGAGGAAGACAAAGGAAGAAGAAGAAAGGAGAGGCGUAUAACCCGCCCUUAACCCAAACACAUCAAGUAUCUGAUUCACCACACAGAGAGAGAGACAGGGGUCAACGGUGAAAGGAAAGGUCUCUUUGUGCCUUCCAUACUUCUGGUGCUCACACACACACACACAUACCCACACACACACACACUCGCCCGCACGCACACACAAACACACAUACCCACACACAUGUCUGCUAAUGGCUCUGACCCCUCUCUCUGUGCUUGGCCAAUCAGAACAGGGAUCUCAACCCUCAGUUAACAUUCUCCCAGUCUCAGGAGAAUGUUUUGGAAACAUUUGCGUAGCAAGCAAAAGAUGCUGGUGCUAACACAGAGUUAGCAGUGAGUCUACUCCUCUAAGCUGUACAAAGAUGACUAGUUAUGGAUAGUAAUAAUAAUCAAUAAUAUAUCAAUGUUCCGGGCUGGAUGUUAAAUAAUAAUAAUGACAAUAAUAAUACGUCAAUGGGAGGAUGUGUAUUUAGCAGUUUUAAAGGUUUAUAUGUAAAUAUGAGCAUAUCUUUCUUUCAUCACUCUAACCAUUUGCAUGAUCAUGAAGAGCUUCUAUCGAAUCACAUUCAUUACCUAAAUGAGCUGUGCUCUUGUCCAGACACACACACACACAUCGCACGCACACACUUCCACACACGAGCACGCACAGACACUGGCACACAAACACAAGUAUAGUCAUAUCAUCUGAUGUACAUUAACUUUCAAACACUUGCUUUAAAUAUCAGAACAAUCUUUAUCAUCAUCAUCAUCAUCAUCCUCACGAGUGAUAUGAGUGAGUCUAGGUGGUUUCAGUAUGUUAUUGAUUAGUUGUCAAUCAGUUGCUGGUUGGUUAGCGUUUGGUCUAUUGUGUAUAAGCACAACUAUGUAUCCAUACAUCCAAUCCCCUUGCAUGCUCACUUUCUUUGUGUUUCACCAUUGGCUGUCUGUUUAAAGGGGGAGGGCCAUUGGGACUGAGGGAGGGGUUAAUACAGGAAGUGAAGCUCCGAGAAGAUCUUACCUUCCAGCACAGAUCUGGGACCAGCUCAUUUGUAGCCAUUCUGAUGAGCCGAGAUCAGUGAGAAGGAGGGGAGGGGCCGCUUCAUUCAUCACAGGGGGCCUCUCUGGCCCUGAGAGGGGAGGGGAGGGGUUAGGAGACAGGGGGUUGUGCUUCUAUCUAAGAUUGUAACAAUAACCACACCAGGGUGACUGGACUAGUAGCUUACUAUACUCAGUACUGUAGAACAACUGCAUGGGAGUUAAACUAUACUAGUCUUGGUGUGUGUGUGUGUGUGUGUAUGUGUGUAUAACUGAGGGGUGUGUACAAGGUGGAAUGUACUGUGUGUAGGUAUUCGUUUACCUGCUCCAGCAGUUCAGAUGCUCUUCCAUUGUCAGGUAGUCAUACCUGUCCCCCUCAGCAGAGUGUGUAGUUCACCUGACACCCAGCUCCUGUGUGUGUGUGUGACAGUGUGUGUGUGUGUGACAGUGUGUGUGUGUGUACCUCACCAGCCCUCUCUACCCACCUUUGUGUAUUUUCCCCUGGUGUCUCCUCUCUGUUUAGGCAAUAGACACCACACCGAUUUCACAUCAGACUCUUGUGCCCACUCACUAGUCUGUGCAGGUGUGUUAGUGUGUGCACGCUUGUGUGUUUAGUCUGUUCACCGCUGACUGUCGGGCAGUCUGUCCCUCACAGUGGAUGUCACACACUGACUGUGUCUCUCACCGUCUCGUCUGUUUGUGGUCUGUAGCAGGACAGACCGACUGACACGAGGUUCCUUCCUCACAGGCAGGAAUGAUCUCAACAACGUACUGUCUUUUCUAAAGUUACCUUCUAAUUGUGUUUGUACCCAUUUUAAGCCUGCAUAGCCAAAUAAGAGAGGUGUGUAUGUGUGCACGCGUGUGAGUGUGUGUGUCAGAGGGCUUGUGCGUUUGUGAGUGAGUAUUAGAGUGUGUGUGUGUGUGAAGCCUACAGAGGCUGCACUACUCUGUGUUUGCUGUUACCCAUCCUGUUUUUAUACAUUUGCAUUUUUUAAGGCUGAGUUUCUGUCAUUGGCUGAGUGAGCGAGAGGAGGCGGACCCUCCAUGCCACAGCCCUGUCACUAAUCUGCCACUCUGUUCCAAAUAAAAGACCUGAUUGGGUAAA